UCACGUGGUAGGAACAACCUCACCAAACUUUUCUCACAUUUCUAACAGUUUGAAAUGUAAAACCGAAAACCAAAAAUGCACCGAUGUCAUAACAUGCUUAAAAUCGCUCCUUGCUGAGCAUCCUCUUGGAGCACAACUUCACAUGUAUCAAUGAUGGAGCUCCCACCACCCCCACCUUUAUACAACAAGAACCACCAUUACCAUCUUCUCUGCUUCUCUCACUCACUCCAGAACAUAUCUGCAGCUGCAGCAGCAUUACACAAAUUAAGCUGCUCAUGUCUGCCACUUCCCCAACCCCCUCUCAACUUGUUCGUUUCGUGUUCACGUUUCUCUCUUCCAUCCUUUACCUCUCCUUUUGUUCCCUACUCCCUUUUCCAUCCGUAACUACCUGCACAACUUAAGCUUCCAGCAUAUUCGUUUAAAAGCAGAUAAGUCACAAGUAUGAACGGCGAAACUACCCGAAAAGCAACAAGGGAAGCUGCAGAGACAAGUGUCCUUACUAUUAUUAAUAACUCUUUUCUCACAAGACUUUUACCAACCUCAAAAAUCUUGUAGCUAGCUAGUUAGCGAAAACCCUUUUCUCGAACAAAGAAAAAAAUGACGUUUUCAUGCACGAAAAACUUCUUCCGGAGGUUCUGUAUUGAUGAAUACCAAAUGGACACUGUUGCUCAGAGCAGCUUCUUCUCUACUGAUCUUCUGCCUUCCCUUGGAGCCAGAAUCAACCAGUCUACUAAGCUCAGGAAAUACAUUAUAUCGCCAUAUAAUCCUCGUUACAGGGCUUGGGGGAUGCUACUUGUUCUUCUAGUCAUCUACUCAGCGUGGAUUUGCCCAUUUGAGUUUGCAUUUCUGCCUUACAAGCGGGAUGCUCUUUUCGUCAUUGACAACAUUGUCAACGGCUUCUUUGGCAUUGACAUCAUUCUCACUUUCUUUGUUGCCUAUCUCGACAGCCGCUCUUACCUUCUUGUUGACAAUCCAAAGCAAAUCGCAAUGAGGUACUUAUCAACCUGGUUUCUUUUCGACGUGUGUUCCACUGCACCAUUUCAGUCUAUUAGCCUCCUCUUGACAAAUCACGGCAGCGAACUUGAGUUUAAAGUACUCAAUAUGCUCCGCCUCUGGCGCCUCCGACGAGUCAGCUCCCUCUUUGCAAGACUGGAGAAGGACAUCCGAUUCAACUACUUCUGGAUUCGCUGCACGAAGCUCAUUUCUGUUACCCUUUUCGCAGUGCACUGCGCAGGAUGCUUCAACUAUCUGAUCGCAGAUCGGUAUCCUGACCCGAAAAGAACAUGGAUCGGCGCUGUGUACCCGGAUUUCAAACAAGAUAGUCUCUGGAACAGAUAUGUUACUUCAAUGUACUGGUCAAUCACAACGCUAACCACCACUGGCUAUGGAGAUCUGCAUGCUGAGAACCCUAGAGAGAUGCUGUUUGAUAUUUUCUACAUGCUCUUCAACUUGGGAUUGACAUCUUACCUCAUUGGAAACAUGACAAAUCUUGUAGUUCACUGGACCAGCAGAACCAGAAUCUUUAGGGACACAGUGAGAGCUGCAUCAGAAUUUGCAGCAAGAAACGACUUGCCCCCAACGAUUCAAGACCAGAUGUUGUCACACAUAUGCCUCAAGUUUAAGACAGAAGGACUGAAACAGCAAGAGACCUUAAAUGGUCUCCCGAAAGCCCUUCGUUCCAGCAUUGCCCAACAUCUCUUCUUCCCCGUCGUUCAAAGCAUCUACCUCUUUCAAGGAGUUUCUUAUGAUUUCCUCUUUCAAUUGGUUUCAGAAAUAGAUGCAGAGUAUUUUCCACCCAAGGAAGAUGUAAUUCUGCAAAACGAGGCUCCGACCGAUCUUUACAUACUGGUUUCCGGUGCAGCGGAUCUGGUGUCCAAUGUUGAUGGGCAAGCUCAAUUUAUACGAAAGGCAACUGCGGGGGAUACUUUGGGAGAAAUCGGAGUAUUAUGUCAUAGGCCACAGCCCUUCACCGUUCGGACAACCGAACUUUCCCAGAUAUUACGAAUCCGCAGAAGUUCACUCAUGACCACCAUAGAAGCAAAUAAGGACGACGAGCAAAUUAUCAUGAACAACAUUUUUCUGAAACUGAAGGAACAAGAAGGGUUGGGCUGUGAAUAUCCACAUACCGAAGGAUGCUGUUCUUGCGCUGGAUGCAAAGACAACUCACCUCAAGAAACAUCAAUGGAGGAAGCAAGGAACGACUUGUUUACAGGUUCAGAGGCUACAAAAAAGAGCGAAAUAGGCAGAUCUGAUAUUUCAACGAGAUGUGCAAUGGAUGUCAGCAUGAUGGCUGAGGAUGGCCAAACGGCUCUUCACACUGCUGUUCGUCAGGGACAUAUGGAAAUGGUCAAAAUUUUGGUUGAAGGAGGAGCAAAUGUAAACAAACCAGAUGCUAGAGGAUGGAAGCCGAAAGAUCUAGCACAACAGCAAGGAAACAAGAGCAUAACUGACCUUUUACGAAUAUAUGAGAAUAGGAGGAGAACAGAUGAACAUAGAAUAGAGUUUAUUGAACCGGAAACAUCUGAAAUAACCAGGAAUUGUAAAGGAAAUUCCAAAAGACAAGAGGGUGCCCAAUUUUCCCACUCUCACCAGAGAAAAGUACCCAUUAAGUCCUACCCGAGCAAUUCUAUCCCUGAUGGAGAACGGAUGAGAUCAAUCAACAGGAGAGUAACUAUCCACAUGCAUUUUCAAAAUGGAAGUGCAUCGGAGAGGCAGCCUGCGAAGUUAAUUAUCCUACCUGAUUCGAUGGAAGAGCUACUCAGAGUUGCCGGUGAGAAGUUCGGAGGAUACAAACCUACAAAAGUCGUUAAUGAAGAAAAUGCAGAAAUAGAUGACAUAAGUGUUGUUCGAGAUGGUGAUCACCUGUAUCUUCUUCACAACGACAAUAAUAAUAUGAAUUCUGAUGCGGCUUAAUAUCAUUCAAGUACAACUAUAUUGAUGUGAAGAUAACUUGUACCUUUUAGGCAAUGUAUGAUAAGAUAGGAACAUAAAUUUUGAUGUGACUACACCAGUUGAACAUUUUA